AUGCGCUCUCGCUUCCUCUGGAAGCUCUACGCCGGCUACGCCCUGCUGAUCCUGUUGACCGCCCUGCUGGUCGGCUUCCUGGUGGCGCCACGGGUGGAACGGGCAGCUAUCCAAGAAACCGAUCGGCGGCUCAAGGGUGAGGCGGCGUUGCUGCGAGAGGUGGCGAAGUCAGGCUUAGGCAUGCCGCUAGUCUUACAGCGGCGGGUGCGGACCUUGGGCCGUGAGGUCGGGACCCGGCUGACCGUGAUGACUGCCGACGGGGUGGUGGUUGCCGAUUCCGACCGCGAUCCGGCGACCCUGGACAACCACCGCAACCGGCCGGAGAUCGUGGCCGCUGGCGAACGGGGCGAAGGGUCUUCGACGCGCUUGUCGAACACCCUCGGCGAGCGGAUGCGUUACCUGGCGAUGCCGAUUCGCGAGGACGACGCCACCCUGGGGUUCGCCCGUGCCUCGCUGCCGCUCGAUUUCAUCAACCAACGCUUGCACGAGUUGCGCGGCAGCCUGCUGGUGGCGGUGUUGGCCGCCAGCCUGGUCGGCUUGCUGCUCGGCUUCGGCUUGGCGCGGCGGAUUACCGAGCCGUUGACCUCGAUGACCCGCGCUGCCGAAGCGAUCGCGGCGGGCAGCUACGAGCAGCGCAUCGAGUUGGUGGCCCAUGACGAGCACGGCCAACUGGCCCGGGCUUUCAACACCAUGAGCCAGAAGCUCUCGCGCCAGCUCGAGACCAUCACACUGGAUCGCAACAAGCUCGAAGCGAUCCUCGCCAGCAUGGCCGAGGGCGUGGUGGCGGUGGACUCGAAGGACCGGGUGGUACACAUCAAUCGGGUGGCCGCCGACCUCUUGGGGAGUGCGCCGGAGGCCGCUGCCGGCAAGCCGAUUUGGGAAGUCACUAGGAUUCACGAGAUCUCGGAGGUGCUGGCCGAGACCAUGCGCGAGCGGCAGCCGGCGCAACGGGUAGCUCGUUUGCCGGGGCGCCCGGACCGCGAGUUGGAGCUUCACGCGACGCCGUUGCGCAACGGCAGCGGGGAAUUGCAGGGCGCGGUGCUGGUGCUCGACGACGUGACUCAAUUGCGGCGUCUCGAAACCGUCCGCACGGAUUUCGUCGGCAAUGUCUCGCACGAGCUCAAGACGCCGGUGACGGUGAUUCGUGGGAUGGUCGAAACCAUGCUCGAGGACUCUGAGAUGGAGCCCACCACCCGGCGAAGCUUUCUCGCCAAGGUGCAGGGCCAGGCCGAACGCCUCUCCAGCCUGGUCACCGACCUGCUGUCCUUGUCGCGGCUCGAGAGCGAGCCCGCCGAGGACCAGCGGGUCGACGUUGGCGACGUCGUGCGCGACACCGUCCGAGCGCUGCUGCCGGCCAGCGACGCCAAGCGGUUGCGAAUCGUCACCGACCUGCCGCCAGAGCCGAUGAUGGUCCGGGCCGAGGAAGAGCGCCUCGGGGUCGCGGUCAGCAACCUGCUCGACAAUGCGAUCAAAUUCUCGCCACUAGGUGGCACGAUCGAGGUAUCCGCCAAACGGGUGAGGCACGAAGCGAUGAUCGCCGUGCACGACCACGGUAUCGGUAUCGAGCCGCGCCAUCAGGAACGCAUCUUCGAGCGCUUUUACCGGGUCGACAAGGCCCGCUCCCGGGAGCUAGGUGGCACCGGUCUAGGAUUGGCGAUCGUCAAGCACGCGGCGCUCAGCUUCGGCGGCCGGGUGGCUCUCGAGAGUCAACUUGGCGAAGGCAGCACUUUUCACAUCUAUUUGCCUUUGCAAAGCGAAGAUCUUUGGCAUGCCGAAAUCGAUCGUACAGCCCGAGGUUGA